AUGUGUGACGCCCAGAGAUAUGGUGAGAAGCUCCCCGAUAAACCCCAGCGUGCAGAAAAUGAGAAAGGUUACAAGAAGGAUGACCUCAGACUAAAUAUACCGAGCUUUGAGAAGCUAGAGAGGAAUGCUGAGCAUGUUAACUAUGUAAGUCUAUUGCAAUCGGAUGACGGCAGCCAUAAUCAUGAAGGCUUUAUCGGGUCCCUUUUACCAAACUCUAAUUACACUCAAAGCGGGGCAGAGGAGCAUGGCCCGCAACAAACAGUCAAUCAAUAUUUAGGUUUAGAUGCAGAUCUGCUGUUCUCACCAAGCUCCUCUUCAUCGCAUAGGAAUGUUGUAACACCUACACUCAAGAUCGAAUGCCACGAAGAUGUUUGGCAAGAUAUGUUGCCCUCAUCACACGCAUAUGCUCAGGACCUGAACGAAACCUCAACCCAGCAAGAUAUUCAAUAUUUGAAUCCUUUUACGCCGAGUCGAUAUCACAAUGAUGUAUAUAAAAGCGAUACAGAAUCCAGUUAUGCCUCAUCAAUGUACCAAACUCCUACAAUCGCCCCAAUGGACCCCGCUAUAUCUCCAGUAAUGUCAUAUCUGACAACUGGUGAUGAUGAAAUUGAUGAUAUUUUAAGUAUUAACUCUGAAGUGAGUGCAACAUCCAACAUCUCUUUACCGUUGAAUUCCGGUGGUUACAAAUAUAUCACAAAUCUAAACGAUUUAGACAAUCUACUGACAGUUCCCGAGUCAGAUUUUACAACGUUUUACGAUUCUACGGAACCAUCCUUACCAUCAGAUAAUCCAGAUCAACAACCUUUCGGAUUUCCUCCUGUAAUAUCAAUUCAAGAGUUCCAGGAAAAUGAGCAAAAAGGAAGUCGGCCGCUGUAUGAGAAAGAAGACAUUUUCUCAUCUUCGGUUGUACCCAUAAAACUAGAAGAACAGGAAGACAUACCAAAAAAUGCAUUGCUUUCUCCGGAUAAUGUGGGUGACAUAUCUCACGAAGAAAAGCGCCAUGGCAGAAUAGCGAAGAGAAGAUCCUAUUCAUCAACAGGAGCUUCUUCGAGGUCGUCGCAUAGGAGCUUUAGCCGAAGUGUCUCUCCGGAUGAGAAAGCUCGCGCAAUAAGUGGAGAUAGCGAAAGGCUUCUUGAACUUGCAAAUUUACAUCCUGCAACACCACGGGAAGGCUCUGACAACAAGGCAAGUAAUUCAAGUCCAUUAGAUGACACCGAAACUUCACAGAGCCUUUCCGGCGAGAAUAAAAAAAAGCAUGGGCAGAAGGUCACAGCUGCCUUCGCAUGUGAGCUAUGCGGUAAAAGGUUUACAAGACCUUAUAAUUUGAAAUCUCAUUUGCGAACUCACACCAAUGAGAAACCUUUCAUAUGUAAUAUAUGCGGCAAAGCUUUUGCGAGGCAACAUGAUAAGAAAAGACAUGAAGAUUUGCACACUGGUAAGAAAAGAUAUGUUUGUGGCGGUGUACUCAAGGAUGGUACUCCGUGGGGAUGCGGUAAAAAGUUUGCUAGAAGUGAUGCCUUGGGAAGACACUUCAAGACUGAGAGCGGUAGAAAAUGCAUUGCACCUUUGUUUGCUGAAGCUGCUAGAGAAAAACAACUGCAAAACGAUUAA